AUGGCCCUCCUGGCUCGCACCCUGGCACUGCUGGCAAUGACCAUGGCCACUGUGGCCAUCGAGGUGGUGCCCCUGGACAUGGCCCAGGACUCCUUCGAUGACCAGUACCGGGGCUGUGGCCCUGCCAUGACCAAGGCAUUGCCGUCCAUCUACAAGUUUGAGCUUGAGAAGAAUCCUCUCUUUGCCAAGACCUGGGUGAAGGCCGAGGCUGAGUGGCGCAAGCGGGGCUCCCAUGUGUCCCCUCUGGCGUCCCCAGCCCAGGCCAUCGCUGUCAUGGCCUACACAAUGAAGUACCUAUACAAGGACUUCAACGCUGCCGUGCACACGGCCGGGCACUCCCGCCAAGAAUACCGGAACAACUUCCACUUCAAAUCGUUGCAUUUCCUGUUGACCAAUGCCCUGGUGACACUGAGGCAGUCUCAGAAUGGGCAGUGUCGCCACGUGUUCCGUGGGGUGCGUGACGUUCGUUUCAAGGCACAGCGUGGCCAGAAGGUCCGGUUUGGUCAAUUCACAUCGACGUCCCUGAGCAAAGAGGUUGUCCAGCAUUACGGGACAGACACAAUAUUUGAGAUUGAGACAUGCCACGGCGUGGACAUCCAGGCUUUUUCCUAUGAUCCUAGCAACCGUGAGGUGUUGAUCCCACCAUACGAAACCUUUGAGGUCACCAAAGUCAUCCGGAUUUUUAAGAAGGCACGGAUCAGUCUCCGCUCCACCGGGACCUUCAGCAAACACAACUGCGCAUUGCUGUGAGAUGGGAGCAUCCCCAGGGCGCCCUUGCGCCACAGAGGACUCCUCUUGGUCACCGCAGCCCUGGCAGUGGCCACCG